AUGGAAGAAAUUUUUAGAAUGGAUAAAAGAAAAAUUUACACCCAGAGUGAAGACAUCCAUUUGGAUGACGUGCAGUGUAAAGGAACUGAAUCUAACCUUUGGGACUGUGAGCACGCCGGCUGGGGCACACAUAACUGUGAACACAACGAGGAUGUCGGCGUCGUCUGUUCAGGUGUGGGACACUCCACGGUUGCACUGACAGUUACAUCUUCUGCGUCCACUGUUCUCAUAGAGGAAAAUGCCAUUACAGCUUCUGAAACACCAGUCACAGUUUAUAGAGCCUCCUUUGGUAGCACAGGUGCCUCCCUUGUUUCCACCGCUGUCACAGAGGAAAGCAGGACAUCAGAAAUCCUGACUACGCUGCAGACAGUCCCUUCAACAGUCCUGUAUUCCUCCUUGGCACCUACUUCGAUAAAUGAAGAGACUGAGGCAGUAUCUACAACAGGAACCCUCAGCACAGCUUCCAAAGACAAAGCAGACACCUCUGCCCUGUCCCUGCGACUGGCAGAUGGCAACAGCCGGUGCUCGGGCCGCGUUGAACUCUAUCACAACGGCAGCUGGGGAACGGUCUGCGACGACGCCUGGGAGCUGGUGGAUGCCGAGGUGGUCUGCAGGAGGCUGGGGUGUGGAGAAGCUCUGCUAGCUGUGUCUGAAGCCCAGUUUGGUCCAGGUUCUGGGAACAUCCUUCUUGAUGACGUGCAGUGCAGAGGGGAUGAAGACAAUCUGUGGGAGUGCUCCCACAGAGGGAUCGCUGUCCACAACUGCCAACAUAAAGAAGAUGCCAGUGUCAUUUGUGCAGACAUGUCCCUGAGACUGGUGAGCGGAGAGGAUGUGUGCUCAGGACGCCUCGAAGUCUUUCACAACGGGAGCUGGGCCACCGUCUGCGAUGAUGGCUGGGACAUGAAGGAUGCCGCGGUUGUGUGCAGGCAGCUGGGUUGUGGAGAUGCUGUCUCAGCCAAAAUCGAUGCCUUUUUUGGGGAAGGCACAGGAGAUAUUCUCCUGGAUGAGGUGGCGUGCAGAGGGGAUGAGUCCUCCCUGGAGCAGUGCUCUCACAGGGGGCUGGGCAUGCACGACUGCUACCACAAGGAAGAUGCUGGUGUUAUCUGUGCAG